AUGACCAUACGUUUUGCCGCAGCCACAAUCCAUACAACAGGGGAGGAUGUAGACGAUCAAUCAGUGUCAUCUGAAUCAGACUCAGAUUACGCCGAGGAAGACAACAACUUCGAAGAUUGGGUAUCAGAUCAAGCGCAGAAUCAGUCUUGCCGGUCACUCUUCGAGGACAAGGCCUUUCCUUCAGCUGCUGCUGCUCGUGCACACGAUAAGGAUGUCCAUAACUUUGAUUUGCGCACCAUAAGCGCGAAACUGGAAUUGGACCUUCAUCAGCGCAUACGAUUAAUCAAUUUCAUCAGAAAACAUGCGCCUAUACCAGAGGACAUCGGGAACCUAACAGGGGCGGAGACUUUCUUCUCUUCAGAUGAGUACCUGAUCCCACAAAUUGAAGAUGAUCCGCUACUUCAGCUAGAAAUGGAUGACUGGUCAGAUGAUGAAGACCUCUCCAGCACUGACCAACGCCCGGCACCACCCGCUGAUCUACCAAGCGCGCUUCGGCAGAUGCAGCUCCUUGAAAGGAAGCUCGCACAGGCUCAUCGGGACAUGGCAGAAUACCGCUCACUCGUCGGUCAACAGUUUGACGCGGAGCGUUUCGCAGAGAUUAUCAACGAACCGGGUCCUUCAUCAGGACCGUUGCCGCGAGAUGACGACACCCAUUAUUUCUCCAGUUACUGCGAAAAUGACAUCCACGCUGUUAUGAUCCAGGACAAAGUCCGCACUUCCACCUACGCGUCGUUCAUCCUCACCAACCCCAUCCUAUUCCGCGAUGCUGUCGUACUCGAUGUUGGAUGCGGCACCGGAAUACUCUCCCUCCUCGCCGCCAAGUCAGGGGCGAAGCACGUUUACGCAGUCGAUGCAAGCGACAUCGCCGAGAAGGCUGAACGGAUCGUUAAAGCAAACGGGCUAGAAGAUGUCAUCACCGUCAUUCGUGGAAAAGUUGAAGAGAUCUCCCUCCCGGAUGAUGUCGAGCACGUCGAUAUUAUCGUCUCCGAAUGGAUGGGCUACGCAUUGCUCUACGAAUCCAUGCUCGACUCUGUGCUUCAAGCACGCGACAGAUUCUUGAAACCAGAGGGAGGCGUGAUGGCCCCGAGCCAGUGCCGGAUCAUGUUCGGGCUCUGUGAAGGUAGCGAAAUCUUGAAGGAACGCAUAGGAUUCUGGAGUGAUGUUUACGGCUUCGAUUUGUCGGUCAUGGCAAACGAUGUUUAUGAAGAAGCCAUCGUCGACGUCGUCGGGCCCGAAGCAAUAGCGAGCGAACCUUACCUCCUCAAGGACCUCCACAUAAAAGACGUCACAACCCGCCAACUCGACUUCACUUCCCAAUUCACCCUCGUCUCAACUACCCCGAAACGCACCAAAAUCCACGCGUUUGUAUUGUACUUUGACACGUUCUUCACGACGACGGGCGAGCCUGUCGCUCCCGAAGUGCCCGUCAGGAUAACGAAGGAGGGUGAUGUGGCACUCGCUGAGGUAUGGCCUGUGGGUGGGAAAGCACCCCCGCAACGCCGUGCAAGCACGGGUCCCGGUCUCAAGCAAAAGGAGGAUAAGAGAGUGACGAGCUUCAGCACGGGGCCUCGUAGCCAGCCGACGCACUGGAAGCAAACAAUCUUCCUAUUAAGAGAUCCGAUCCAUGCAGAAGACGGCACCAUUGUGACGGGGUCGUUCUACUGCAAGAAAAGCGCUACCAACUCUCGCGAACUUGAUGUGGAAAUCCAUUAUUCUGUGAGACAGAAUUCUGAGACGACGGAAGUUGGAGAGACUGUCGUUCAGAUAUAUAAAGUGCGAUGA